UAUGAUUCGUAAAAUUGUGACCUCUCUUAAAUAAUUUCGAAGAACUUAUGAAGAUCAAAAACUAGGUAGAUAACUUGUAGGAACAGAUUAACAUGGAAAUCUUUAUUAUUAAUAUUAUGAUUAAAAUGGAAAACCUACUAAAAGGAUGAGUGAAAGAACAGAUAAAAUGGCACCAUUUGUAGAUCCAUUAUGGGAAGAGUGGAUAAGACAUCUAAAAGAUAAACCAUAUACAGAAGAAGAGAGAAUAGAAUUAGAAAAAUAAUAAAGAGCAUAUAAAACUAAAGUUAAUGAAUAUGAGUAAAAGGAUGCAGAAAUGAUGAAAUAAUUUAAGAAAUCAAAUAAAACUUGGAAUGCAAAUAAUAAAUGA